AUGGCACCAUCAGUCGUUGUCCUAGGCGCGGGGGUGGCUGGGCUGACUACUGCUUGCGCUCUGCUCGCCCAGUUCCCAUCUCCCAAAGCCCUGAAUAUCACUGUUGUCGCCAAACAUCUACCGGGCGACAGCGCGCCGACGGAAUACUGCUCUCCGCAGGCCGGCGCAAACUGGCGUUCCUUUGAGACCGAUUUUAACCAAUACGCGCGCUAUGACAAGGUUACCUUUGAGCGUUUCCUCCGCAUCGCGGCGCAGAGCCCGGAAAGCGGUGUGAAGCGGUUUCCGUUGCGUCUAGUGUAUGGAAAAGAAUCUAAUAAAUCGAGAUUAUGGUUCGAGGAACUAGUGGGCGGCAUAACCGAGGUACCGAAGCAGGAAUUGCCAGAGGGCGCAGACUGGGGCAUGGAUCUGGUGACUUUUAUGUAUAAUCCAAACGUCUAUCUUUCAUGGUUGAGCUCCAAGUUGUCCAAGGCUGGUGUGACGAUCGUGCGGCGAUCGUACGAUCAUAUCGAUGACCUGAUAUCUGAUUUCCCAGACGCAUCUGCUGUAUUCAACUGCACUGGUCUCGGCGCUAGAGAUCUGGGUGGCGUCAAAGACGAAAACAUGCACCCCACAAAGGGACAAACAAUCCUUAUAGAAGAGCCCAUCACUCCACUCAAGAGAAUGGCCAUCUGGGUCCAGCCAUCUCUGUUUGGUCCCAAUGAGUUUUCCCAUGUCUUCCCCCGCCCGCUUGGUGGAGGUAUCAUUAUCGGCGGCGUCCGUCGUGAAAAUAACUUGGACGAUUCGGUGGACCCAUUACUAGCGGAACGAGCAAAGCAGAGGGCAUGUCAGCUUUGCCCUGAACUGGGCAAACCGGAGGAUCUGAAAGUGGUUCGUUAUAAUAUUGGGCUUCGGCCAAGCAGAACUGGGGGUGCAAGGGUGGAUAUAGAGGAGAGAAAGGGAAAACUACUGGUUCAUAACUAUGGGGCUGGAGGAGCCGGUUACCAGUCAUCGUGGGGCAUGGCUGAGCACGCGGUCGACUUGUGGGUGCAAAGGACAGGCCCCAGUCUUGGUGGAUAUGCUGCAAAGCUAUAG